GGUGCUGUGGGGAGUAGGCGGGGAUUCAAGGGGCUGAGGACAAUUCUGGUUCUGCUAGUGGCCUUCCAGGCUGAGCGCCCCAGCUCAGAGCCCAGGCCAGAAUGCCAGCUCAAAUCACAGUGAUACACACUUGCACACACAACACACAGAGAUAGAAAGCAUACAGACAUGGACAUGAAGACAUGCAGACCUACAUGGACUCCCGAACAGAACUACUCACAGACACUCUGAGGCACACACAUUCUGGAACAGAGGCACACACGUACCGGGAGACACACUCAGGUUAACACAUAGUUGUGCAAAACCCAUAUGCACAAAGUAGUGGCACACCUAUGGGCUGAUGCACCUCCAUGAAAUUGCUUAUCUGUUUCCCUUGGGCACCUGCCAUGUACCAGCCCUGGCUGGAGGCUGGGUCAGGCCCACUCUCUGCCCCGGGGGGCUCCUGGUCGAGAGGCAGAUGCCCCAAACCCUGUAACUGUCCCCCGGUCAUGGGAGAAGGUGUGUCCAGGGUAGGAACCAGGCCCAGAGCAGGAGGCGCUGACCAUGGUGUGGGGCUCAGCUGGUCGGAGAAGGCUUCUUGGGGGAGGAGCCACACGUGCUGAACCUUGAAGGAGUCAGCAGCUGAGAAGGCGGGGGUGAGCUCACUGCUGGCAGAGGGAACAGUCUGUACAAAGGUGUGGAGGAGAGCUCUGCUGCUGCCAAGAUGCCGUCGCCUCAGACAGUGGCCUCCGGGCCGGAGCUGCACAGCCCCAGGGAGCCCCUGGCACCCCAGAUCCCAGCUCAGGGCACUCGGAGGGCAAGCAGCGAGGAUGCGUCCAGCGCCCACCGUGAGGGCUUGAGGCCUGGCCUGGGCACCUUUCGGCGGGCCUUCUCAAAGGCAAGCCAGCGGGCCUUGGGCUGCGCCCCCCAGGAGGACCCAGGCCUGCUCAGGCGCAGCUCCCGCUUCUUUUUCCGGUCUUUACGGCAUGCUCUGGACGAUGGCCCGGCUGCUGACCAGACCCAGGCUACCACUGGGCCAGGGGUGGCCCACAGCCAGGAGGCGCCCUCAAAGGCCACGGACGGUGUCCGCCGGCAGUCGUCCACUGGGGCGGGGCCUGCGGAACUAGAAGAAGACAAAUCUGUGGCCGACCUCAUCACGGAGCGGAAACUGCUGGCGGCCUUCGAGCAGCUGCGGCACCUCGAGACUCGGCUAGUGGCCGAGAAAGCCUCGCGCACCUUCGAGCAGGACCCCACGGGCUUUGCGCGGCGCGCCAUGGACGUGUGCCUGCACUACGACGGGCUGGCUGCGGAGAUCGGCGCCAUCGUGCUCGAGACCCUGGGCCCGGACGGCGUGGACGCGGCCGUGCUCGCGGAGCUGGCCCGCGUGGUGCGCGCGGAAGAGGAGGCCCAUCCAGAGCCCCCUGCAGACGGCGACUUUCUGCGCACGCCGCGCCACUGGCGCCAGCGCUGGGAGGACGCGGUGCGGCGGAGCGCGCAGGAGCGUGUGCAGCAGGCGAGCGCGGGCGAGGCCCCGGGGGCAGUCGAGGGUGCCGCCGGCUUGGCCCAGCUUCUGGCCGAGCUCGGAGGCUUGGUUCGCCGCGACCUGCAGAAGGUGCAGCUGGAGGUGCACCCGGCUUACGCGGCCGCCGGCUAUCCCGCGUGGGAGGCCUACCUGCGCGCCUUCCACGGCGCGGUGGCCCAGCGCCUCCAGGAGCUGGCGCACGACGCCCGUGGCUGCGAGCAGCUCUACGUCCUGCUGGACUGGGCCUCCAAUGUCUACGGCAGUCCUGACUUCCUGGGCUCCCAGGACCUGGCUCUGCCCUCGGAGCCACUGCCCCCGCUCCUGGCACCCGAUGUGUGGGCCCGACUCGAGAGCGACUACACCAGCUUCCUGGAGACCAAGAUCGUGAGCUGCUUCGAUAGCAUCCUGCAGCUAGAACAGAGUCGCUGGGCGGCUGCCGAGGCCCCCGACGUGCUGCAGGGCCACUACCAUACGCCGCUGUCCAUCGACGUACACAUGCUCGUGGCAGAGCACGUGAAGGCAGCCGGCGCCAUCUCCGCGGAGCUGGAGGCCACCACCUUGCAGAUCUGUGCGCGGGCCCUUGGCCUCUUCCUGCCCAGGUUUGAAAAGGCUUUUCUGGAGUCGGGGGCGGUGAGCGAGCCUAACCUGUGCGCCAACAUCAAUGCCUGCGAGGAGUUCAGAACUCAUCUUCUGGCCAGGUUCCCAGGAAGCCUUGAAGAGCUGGAGAAGCCCCUGGUGGCUGCCACCUGCGCCUUUCAGAAGCGGCUGCUCCAGGGCUUGCAGGGUGAUGUGCAGCCGCUCUUCAAGGUCCUGUGCACCAAGGCCUGGCUGACACAGGACCUGCUGCAGCCCCUCCUGGACAAGGUGGUGGCGUUCGCCGGCCACCUCGAGCACGUGGUCCGGCCCCGGGCGCAGGAGACUCUGCAGGAGGUGCACCGAUACGUCGUCCGCGAGUACCUGGCGCAGGCGCUGAGGCCACGCGAGCGGUUCCGGGGUGUGGAGCGCGUGAGUGGCUCCCAGAAGAUGGGCCUGGACGCCCAGGCCAUUGGCAACACCUUCCAGGGCUUGGGCUCUGAGGCCACUUGGUUGGGCCGAGCUAUCCCGUGCGUGGCGGACAUACUGGGCGAGACUUACAAAGACGACAUCCGGAGGCACCUGGAGACACUCAUCGGGAGCUACCCCGACAUCAGGCGGGAUCACGUGCUGGCCAUUCUAGCGCUGCGCCGACUGGGCCGCCAUCGGAACCAGCACCUCCUGACGCAUGCCCAGGACCUGCUGAGGGCCGCGGCCAAGGCAGGGGGCCCCGGCGCUGCUGGGGGCCACGUGCUCUUCGAGGAGAUCGAGGUGCCCCCCUCCGUGGAUGUGCUAAUCACCUGCAUCUAGUGCCCCUGGGCCUGAGAGGGGGCCGACCCCAGGUGGAGGGCUGGCCACCUUCCCCCAGGCACUGAGCCCCGAGUCAGGAGCCCAUGGUCAUGGAAUUU